AUGCACAAACGUUUCGAGGUCAAAGAAGUCGCAAAAAUGGCUUUGAUAACAGAAGACAUGGAUCUGGAGAAAGAAUACUCUCCAAGUAUGUGGUCGAGAAGGUUCUCCUCAGCACAAAAGGUCCUCCAACAUCAUGUUGACUUUGUUACUACAGCAAGCGAAAUCGCAGUCAACAACGUACCUCAUAAAUUAGAAAUAGAAUACGGAUCCAGUCCCGGGCAGAAACUGGAUAUUUUGGGAACUGAUCUUCCAGAUGAUUCACCAAUUCUAGUCUAUGUACACGGAGGAUACUGGCAGGAGCUGUCACGGGAAAUAUCCCGGUACCCAGCACGACCUCUUCAUCGUUGUAGAAUUAAAACAAUUGUGAUUGGCUAUGACUUGUGCCCUGCUGCCACGCUACCUGAACUCAUCAACCAAAUACAGAAUGCGGCCAGAUUCGUUUUUGAAUAUGCUGAGAAAAUGGGAUCAAGAGGAGUCUACUUCGCUGGACACUCAGCUGGAGCUCAUUUAGUGGCAAAACUGCUAGCGAACUCGGAUUUUCUUGAGAACACACCAGGAUCAUACAGACUGCAGGGAGCAUUUCUCAUUUCUGGAGUUUUUGACUUGCGGGAAUUAGUGCAUACAUCUGUAAAUAUCGCUGUACAAAUACCUAGAGAGUGGGCUGUACCACUAUCCCCUCAGUUCGAUUGUUUCACUCACCUUCAGGCCAGAAGAGUACGGGUUUAUAUACUCGCGGGACAAAACGACAGUCCUGCAUUCAAAAAGCAGUCAAGAGAGUUCUUCGAACUGCUUUACAACACCUGUUUGAUGCAAAACAUGUAUUUAGAAAUAAAAGACGACAUGGACCAUUUUGAUAUUGUCGAAUGCUUCGCUAAUGACGACAACUAUCUUAAGAAUCUUCUUGUACAUGAUGUUAGAAAGCAUUUG